GAUCAGCAGCCUGAGCCUGGAAAUAACUGUUUUGUGCAAAAUUUCAAUUUUACCCCAAACCAGAGCAAAUGGGGUAACUUUGUUUUUGUUCAAAUUUAGGUUAAGAUCUCUGGAUAACUAUUUUUAGUUUAUCUUUCAACUAAAUAAGAAAACGAGCUAUAGACUUUGUUAUGUCAUAUUGUGAGUGGCUGCGGUGGGUGCGCUAGAGCAUUACAUUCUAUGUAGACUACAUUAGUAGCAGAGGUUUAAAACUGGGAUUAAGUUGAAGCUUCCGUGAAAUGAAUGGUCGCUGGAGAUGCUCAAAGGAGGCUUAAACCAGAGUAAGAACGCGCAGGAAAUAUAUUUUUAGUCCAAUCCUCUCUGAAAAGAUGUUCCCUGUGAAGCCUGGUAAUUAAACUCCGCUUUCAUUUCGACCACAAAAAUGAACUCGCGUUUCCGUGCGCGCAAUGCGUCCGUCGGAUGAAGCGGGGUGGUCGUCUGUCGGAUAUCCCUCUAUUCACUAACGUUAUAUUGCACCUCUGUGUGUGUGUGUGUGUGUGUGUGCGCGCGCGCGAGAGAGAGAGAGGGUGUGUGCAUGCAUGCAUGAGAGAGAGAGACGCUAAAUAAUAACCAGCUCUUCAUUCUAACGAUGUCCGUGCGUGCGCAGCGGAGUCCUGCGCGCUUUCAUCCGGACUAUUUUGCGCAUAGCGCGUCACGUCACUCUCCAACUCAUCACCACCAAUAAUUCAGAUAUCUUCGGUGAAUAAUUGACGUGAUAAUGCGCGAGAUGAAGUGGUGGCGGGAGGGAGAAGAAGAAGGGGUUAUAGCGUCCCCUACUCUCUCUCUCUCUCUUUCCCUUUUACUCAGCUUAAGCGUCUCCCCCGCAAAUUGCAUGAUUACCAAGAUAGCCCGCUUUGAAAUAAUUCAAUCCAUGACAAAACCUAAUUACUGGCAGGUAAUACCCUGUCAGCUUUAAUGCAUCUCAUCACUCAUAAUGGAAGCGAGGAGCGUUUUAUGACCCAUCUCAUUACUGCUGUAUUUUAGGCAGAGAGUGAUUGGCGUGGGGACGCAAUCUUAUAAGCUAACCAACUCUGUUAGUGUUGCCAUCAGUCCUCAGUUUCUAUAUUCUCAGUGAGUCACUUCCGAACUAUAAAUGACUACUUUUGGGCCAUGACAGAAAAUAAACGCCUGAGUGAGUAUGUGUGUAGGGAGGGAGGGUGGAUGGCACCAAAGGCAUGUGAUUCAUCCUAUCUCGGCAACAUGGGCAUCAGGCAGCGCUAAUUAGAGCGAACAGGUGUAACCAAUGAGUGAUGAAUAGAGGAUCAGGUAUGUGCACAGUAUCUGAAAUAUUAACAAUAAGCACAGGAGAGUUUAGCACAUCAACACAAUUUGUCCAGAACUGCAUGCACGUUUGAUUGUGCAGUCAGCACACCUGAAGCAUAAGCGUUUAUGAUCAAGAUAGAGAAAAUGUAUCAUUUGUGGCCUGGGGUAUUACUUUGUUUUGAUUUAGGCCGACGAAAAGAUACCUAAAACACAUUUUCACAACAACGUAAAUGUUGCAAUGUCAUUUAUAAGACUGUAAUCACAUACAACGUGGUACAAAUUGUGUCAUGACGACGCGUGUAAAGGGCAUUUAAAAAAAUACAGUAGUUGCCCAUCUCGGUUUCUGUGAAUUGUUCGUGUGAUUGAGCUUAAAAUAAAUUUAAUUAUAACUGUCUCUACGCUGUUUAAUAUGACUGUUUUAAAUAUAAACUUUUAUUUAACUGUCCUCAGACAGCAUUGUUAUUAAAAUUGAUUAAUGUAGUGGAAAAAAACUUAAAAAAGUGAACCCAAACGCUUCAUUUCGAUAUAUUUACAUUUUGACAAGACUCUGCUGUUAAAAUGACUGGAUUAUAGACUGUAUGGGGUGUACUGUACAUAAAACUUGAAUCAAUCGUUUCUGCAGUAAAACUCCUUGCACUCCUUUAUGUUAUUCUAGCACCACGAAAUUGUUGCCCAGCUGCUUAAACAAAGAGAGAGAGAGGGAGAGUCAAAAUGUGUAGUAAAGCUCAUAGCUUGUUUGUGCGCGUCUCAGUGAGGUGAGCAGUAAAUUCGUGUGCGCGCGCCCGUAUGCUUGCGCUCGGUUACUCCGGCUGUCGGUAAUAACUGAAUGACCUUUUCCUCCUCGUGUAAUGUCUCACUGGUGAGGGAUUGGGUUUGAAGAUAAUAAAGCUAGGCUUCACUAUUCCUCGUUCCUCACUCACUGAUAGGCAAGUUGUACUGAGCCAUCUCACAAUACCCAAUAUAUGACGGCUCGCGCGAGAACACCUGUAGCUUUUGGUGCGAACAACUACUCGUAGAUGAUCCAUGUGGACCUCAUUAUUUUCAACCUGAAGAUCACUCUUAUCCGCGGUGCAAUGUCAGAUUCGUGAACUUUUGCUCCGAGGAAUAUUGAGUUGGAGUCUGCACGACGGUGCUCUAUCCAAAGUAAACCUUCGGCAUAACUUGGUCGGGAAGGUAUACAAAUGCUCUCCGUCCAGCCGGACACCAAGCCAAAGGGCUGUGCCGGCUGCAACCGGAAAAUCAAGGAUCGCUACCUGCUGAAGGCCCUAGACAAAUACUGGCACGAAGACUGCCUCAAAUGCGCAUGCUGCGACUGUAGACUCGGAGAGGUGGGCUCCACUCUCUACACCAAAGCCAAUCUCAUCCUCUGUCGGAGAGACUAUUUACGGUUGUUCGGUGUGACGGGGAACUGUGCAGCGUGCAGUAAACUCAUCCCAGCAUUCGAGAUGGUCAUGAGAGCCAAGGAGAACGUUUAUCACCUGGACUGCUUUGCCUGCCAGCUGUGUAACCAGAGGUUCUGCGUUGGAGACAAGUUCUUCCUGAAGAACAACAUGAUCUUGUGCCAGACAGACUAUGAGGAGGGUCUGAUGAAGGAGGGCUAUGCGCCACAGGUCCGCUGAGCUCCCCUUCUAGCGGCCCUGUGCACACCAGGGGAAGAGCUGAGAGAGGACCUGAAGGGGACAUGCAAUCAAACACAGAGCACUAGCGUCCUCUCCAGCCCCUGGUGCCAGUCAACUGUAUAUAUGAAGACCUUAGAUAAGGGAAAGUACUGUACAGAUUAGCCAUAGAGACGUUUUUUGGUAAGUGGGAGAAAAUGAAGAUCUCACAAGAGGCAUGACGACGGUCUCAGACAUCGACUUUGGUCAUGAUGAUGAUGAUGAUUGAUGGCUUCAUGAAGACUCAAUUUGAGAGCCCCGCUUCAAGACCCCUAUCCACCCCAUGGCAAUGCCACUUUUUACUUCCUUCAAAGGUUCACUGGCCAUGGAAUUUAAACAAAAAAAUAAGCUAGAUAUUUAUUUUAAGAAAAAGAAGGGGAGUCACGUAAACAAAAAGUUUUUAUAACAUAUCUUUGAGUAAGACUUCAAAAUCAAAAGUAACGAUUAGCGAAAACAUUUCCCUAACUUCUAUCACCCUGUUUUGUACCUAAAAGAUAAAAACAUUUAAGUAUGACUGUAUGUGAUGGGGUUGGUGGGCUAUGAGAAAAGGGGGUUUGUUACUUUCACUGUGUUUAUUUAAUAUGCUUUUUGUUGUUGCGCAUAAUACCAAGGCUCUGUCCCUGACAUGUCUUUACCUGAAUUGAAUCACAGUUCAGUCGUCAAGCAUCUCCUCUAGACCUCUCCUGUUUCUCAAUGUCAUGUAUUUUGUGCGGCCCAUGUUGCUCAGCAGGCAUAAUCCUAAAACAAUCAGGUCGCAUAAACGGUUGGCAUUAACAGAACAACUUAAUACCCGGUCUGAGGAUUAGCCGUCACCAGGAUUUGUUUACUGUCGAGGCGAUAAUCAAGCGUAACGUACAGAGUUGAUCAUCCUGUUAUGGUUACGGCUACCUUUAUAGACUGAGGGCGCAGCCAAUAGGCAACAUGUGAAGACAAACUUAAUUUGUAUAUGGUGGUUGUACAUAUUUAAAAAAAGAUUCCUUUUUGCUUGCUAUUGUAUAUGGAUUUUCUUUUGAUGUGUUAUUCAGCAUGAGAUGUUUAUUUUUAGGAUGUGUACAUACUGUACUGUAAUCAUUUUAAGCACAAAUGUAAUACAGUUUUAUUGUGUUAGCACUGUGUUGACUUCUAUUCUUCACUUUUGUCUAAAAAGCAUUCAUUUGUCUAACUUUAAACAAUAUUACACGUAACACUUUACAAAUAUCUUUACAACACGUAACACUUUACAGCACUUAUUCAUCUUUAA